CAUGGUGUAAUUGAGCACUGAAAAAAUUGAUGAGAUAUCUUAAAGUAAUUUAGGAAGAUUUAUUAUUGAGAUGGCUCAGACUCAUGCAGAAAUGAGAGGGCCUUUAGGUAUAAAUGAGUAAUUAAUAUAAAAGAUGAUUUAGUAACAGCAAUUGGUGAUUUGGAAAAUGAACUGACUGUUGAAUUGCAAUAAUUAGAAGAUGAUUUUACUAGAUCAACUAAUUAACAUUAAAUAACUCAAGAAAACUUAGAUAUUAAUAUAGGUCAAACAGAAAUUAACAUAUUUAAUCAAAAAGACUUUAUUGAUGCUAUUUUAUUACCAAGCAUUGAUUAAACUAAUUAAAAAAUAGAUAGAUUAAAUGGUUUUAUGAAUGACAAUAGAGAUUCAUUAGCAAGAGAAACAUUAAAUAGAUAAAAUUAACAUUAAGCUUAUUUAGACAGAGGUAAUAUAAAUAAAUAAAUAAAAUAAUUUUAGUGAGUGAACAUUAAGGUGCCAUAAGUGCAGUAGAUGAAGCUUUGUAAUUGAUUAAUUCAUUAAUUAAUGGAAAUAUAGCAUUCUCUGAGAAAGCAACAAUUCAUUAAGCUAUAAAAAGAGUUAAUAAUAAGAUCACAAAAACUAGCACUAUUCACCCACUUGUUGAAGCUUUACUUUAAUUGACUUAAAACUUCUCUGAUUAAGGAUAAGCCAAGAAAAUAAGAGAUUUAUUAUAAGAUACUAGAAAUUAAUUAGUUGCUAGUUUAAAUUAAGUAAUAUUGAUGUGAUAUAUUAUUAAUUAGGAAAAUAUUGAUGAAAAAUAGAUUGAAGAGACUUGGGUUGAGAGAUAAAAAACAUUAAACACUGAAUAUUAAGAAUUUAAAAGAUCUCUUCUUGAAGCUACUUAUGUUUUGGCUGCAUAUUAAAGUAUUAAUAAAUAUUUUAUAUAUUACAGAUAAAUUAAAAUCAACUCAAGAAGCCUUAGCUUAAAAUGAACUUGAUUUAUAAAAUUACAAUGAAUCUUUAUGUAAAAUAAAUAUUAUAUAUAUUAAUUAGAAUAGGAUAAAGAUGCUUAAGCUUAAGAAACUUAAAUUUAUAAUGAAUUGAAGGCUCAAUAUUAAAUUCAACUCUAAACUACUAGAAAUGCUAAAGAUUUUGUUAACUCUGCAGAAUUUAGCACAAUAAUUAGAAACAAAUUAAAUUAAGGGGGAUUAGUAUGAUU